UUUUACACAUGGGUUAUUUUGUAUUGACUUUAAUGAAUGUAUUGCAUUGCAUGUAGUUACAUUACAUAUAUAUACAUAGCCAUAUUGUUGAUAUGGGGGACAUUAAUGCUCUCGUCUAGUGCAAUUGCUUCUGCUAACUAGUUUCCUGGAGGUCAUUUUAGGACAUGUACAUGUGGUACAGUGUUUCCUCUUAAAUCAAAACCCUGUCUAUGGCUAGGAUCCUAACACACACAUUUCACAUUUAUGUAAAGACAUACAAUAUUGUGCAUACUGCAAGAAGACCAACAGUGGAUUAGGUUUGAUUCUAGACUAGAGGAAACAUAUAUUGCAAAAAUAAUUUCUUCAAAUUACAUGCUUAAUAAGUAGGCAUUGCAUAGAUCAUACUUCUCUACUUUAUGUAUUUAUAUUAUUUGCAAAAACACAAUCAGAUUAUCAUUCAAUGAGUGGUGUAGUUUGUUUGGAAUUGUCUGAUAGUCUAACACCAGGAGCAUUUUCCAAGACUUCAAUAAGACUCCUUACUUUAUAAAAAAAAAAAGUAUAAAUGUUUAACAUUUUUAGAUAAUCAAUCAAUAUAUAAUUAAACACAAAUAACAAUAUCAGAAAAAUAAAACAAAAGUACACGUAUUAGCAUUUAAGAGGAAGAGUAUGGGCCUGUAGUUGUUGGAGGUUAAUAUAAUAAUGUAUCAUAUCUUCAAUGUCUCUGUUGUGGCAAAGGGUUAACAUGUUACAAUAAUACACGCCACUCUCACCCAGUGCAUUUCAGUUGUGUUGUGGAACAGCCAAUCCGGAAGUGGAUGCUCGACAUCGGCUCGAUAGGGGGAUGUCAGUUAAAAACACAGAUCUGGCAACCUUUAUGACAACUGCCGCUUGAGCCGCGGCGGUGAAGAAACGCAUUAUAACCCGCGGCGUUGACACAUGACUCGGGACUGCUCGCGCGUCCGCUCUUAAUGCGACCUCGCGCAUGGGAACAAAGACACAGGUGAGCGCAGGUUGACCAGCGAUGUCCGGCAGGUAAAAGCCGCUGAAAUGAGCGCUAAAGCCGAGACGAGAGGGCCCGUGACCCGCCGGAGGAGGACGACCAUCUCCAACGGGAGCAAGUGGACCGACGCCGGGGAGAAGCCCACGCAGCCUCCCGCCAAAGACAACGCCGCGGAGGCGUCCAGGCAGGGUGACAACGGGAAUGUGGCCGCCGGAGAGAUGGAGCAGCGGCGGCUCCCCGACAGCCCCAAGAAACAGAAGAGCGUGGUGGAGGAUUUCAACGAGAGGCUCAGCUGUCACGUCCUCCAGGAGUCUCUCUUAAGUUCAGCCAGCGGUUACAGCAACUACAGAGGAAUCCUCAACUGGUGUGUCGUCAUGCUGGGUCUGAGUAAUGCACGCCUCUUCUUGGAGAACAUUAUAAAGUAUGGCAUCUUGGUGGACCCGAUCCAAGUCGUCUCUCUCUUCUUGAAGGACCCCUAUAGCUGGCCGUCAGCGUGCCUCAUCAUUGUGUCCAACGUGUUCAUCCUGGCAGCCUUGUACACCGAGAGGCGUCUGGCUGUGGGCACCAUUUCCCAAGUGACGGGACUGAUUCUUCAUAUUUUUAACCUGUCAUCCCUGUUGAUCUUCCCUGCAGCCAUUGUACUCACAGUGACCUCCGUGACCCCAGUGGGUGGCGUGCUCUCGUUAGGAAUCUACACGGUGCUGUUUCUCAAGCUGUACUCCUACCAAGACACCAACAGGUGGUGUCGAGAAAUUAGAGAAGCAAAAGCCAAGAAACUAACACGAUCAAACUCAUGUCCGUCCGUGGCACAAUUGAAUGGUUCAGUAGUUCAUCCUCCCGUUUCCUAUCCGAACAACCUCACGCACAGAGACAUGUACUACUUUGUCUUCGCGCCAACGCUCUGCUACGAGCUGAACUUCCCGCGGUCCCCUCGGAUACGCAUACGGUUCCUGAUGAGAAGACUUUUUGAAAUGCUUUUCUUCAUGCAGCUGUUGGUGGGAUUGAUACAGCAGUGGAUGGUUCCCACCAUACAGAACUCAAUGAAACCAUUCCAGGAAAUGGACUUCUCCAGGAUGGUCGAGCGCCUCCUGAAGUUGGCUGUGCCUAACCAUCUGAUAUGGUUAAUAUUCUUCUAUUGGUUUUUCCACUCUUCUAUGAACUUUGUGGCUGAGCUGCUGCAGUUUGGAGACCGAGAGUUCUACAAAGACUGGUGGAACUCUGAGUCCAUCACAUAUUUCUGGGCCAACUGGAAUAUCCCAGUUCACAAGUGGUGUCUGAGACACUUCUAUAAGCCCGUGUUGAGGAAGGGCGUUAACAAGUUUCUGGCUCAAACCGGAGUCUUCCUGAUGUCCGCCUUCUUCCACGAGUACCUGGUGAGUGUUCCUCUGAAGAUGUUUCGACCGUGGGCCUUUAUGGGAAUGAUGGCUCAGGUUCCUCUGGCUUGGUUUGUGGGUCGUUUCCUGACUGGAAACUAUGGCAACGCCGUCGUGUGGAUCUCGCUCAUCAUCGGCCAGCCUGUCGUUGUGUUGAUGUACGUCCAUGACUACUAUGUCAUUCAUCAUGGGAGCACGACAUAGUCCCGGACACACGGGCGUGUUGUCACACAAACAUGGACAGGUGUCAGGUUGUAAACACGCACAGCAGCCUGCAGGACGACUCCACGGUGAAUGUAGACACGUUAAGGGGACUUUACUAGAACUGUUGAUAUGAACCUGUGAGGGGAGAGCAGCAGGAACAUAUUUGACUUCUUGAUUUUUGCACUAAAGAGCGAUGAACCAUAGUAUGCCGGGAAAUUAUUACAACAACAAGAGAAGUGUUUGCUUCCAAGCAGCGUUCCACUUAAGUUGCGCAGAUAGUAGUCAGCCUUCCUCAAUUAAUCCUGAGCCCAAAGGGAGAUGGCGCUUGGAUUUCUGUUAUUGGAAUGAAAACAAAGGUACAUGUUUGGUUGAUGAUCCAUGGGCUCGAGCUAAGAUCAGAGGCAUUACCUUUAACUUUAAAGGCACUUUGGUGCAUUCAAAAGUGGAAACUCUGCUUGUAACCGAGCACUCCUCGAGUUUUAGGAAAAUGCGUUCACAUCCGUGAACCACUGCCAAGCGAGCACAGGCCAGAUGAGGAUCCUGCCACCACGGGGUUGAGGCGUUACUUCUUUCUUGUAUCCAAAGGCAACAGAGGAAUGAUGAACCCAGAUACACCGAUUGAUACAGUGCAGUAGUUGAGUAGUACGACAAUGUAUAAUGCAAGAAUGAUUAAAGACAAGAAACUGAAGGAAGAGGUGUAAAAAAGUUAAGUAGGAACUGUAAAAGGAAGUUUCUGUGACCCUAUGUGACGAGUCGUGGACCUCCAGGCCGCCGCUCCUCUUCUGUCUCCAGACAGCAUCAGUGGAGCCCUGAGUCACAGCUCAGGCUCCAGGUGUGUUAUUUGUUCUGGCACUUGUGUCUUUUUUUGUGUUCCAUUUGACUUAUCAAAUGGUUCAUGUUCUACCUGUAUCGCUGUAUUUGUCAGUGCGACUGUCUUUAUUUAUGUUGUGCCGAAUUAUGAUUUAUUUUAAAUCAAUGAUUUAAUGCAGUAGUUGAUUUAGUUUGAACCAAUGAAUGUGUUUGCACUUUAAAGAAAUGCAUGCUGUUGACUAAAGCAAUAGAUUUGUAUAAUUUUGUUCCAUCAUGCAAAGAAGAUAUGUUUUGUUGAAAUAAUUUGUGUUUUUUGUUAUCGUAUCACUUGGCCUAAUUUUUGUUUUUUCAAAGUAAAACGUCAGUGGUCAUGAGUUUCAAAAAAUGUUAUGCCACUGUUUCUUUCCUUAUUUAAAUUCUAAAGACUAUUUCUUGGUUUGCUUGAUUUAAAAGUUUCCAAAAAGGAUAUUGCCAUAUAGAAGUUAGAUAUUCUCUUAUUCUACUUGUUUAUGUUUGAAACUGCUUUCCAAAUGCAUCUUGACUGGACCAUGACUCAUCUGAGCCUUUCUUUGCAGGGCUUGUCUUUUUUGCUUUCCUUAUUGAUCACAUUUCAGGUGAAUACUGUUGGUAAAUUAUAGCACCAGUUAUAAAAAAAAAAACCAACUGUUGGCAUUCCUUAUUAUAAUGUGUAAGUGCCUGCUGUAAAAGAAAAAGUUCUCCAUAUCCUACAUAGCCAAUAAAUUCACAAUGCACUUAUAUUCAUGGUAUUUGAAAUAUUUGGGAGCUGAAGUUCAAAUUAUUGUGCAAAUGAAACUUAAUCCUCUCAAUGUAUAUAUUUUUUUUAGGAUUUCAUUAAAACAAGUUCUUAUUUUGGAGGGCCUUAUUCAAGCAUAAACAUUGUCACCUUAUUGGUAUUUCAGCGCAAAAAUGGCAGCUUUAAUGUCUUUUUUUUUUGGAUAAGGUGAACGUAUGAGGAUUAUUCCAGAUUCUGCAUUUUAUUGAAGCACAUAAACUGCCAGACUGGCUAAAUGUCUUUUCCAUUUCAUUUUCUUUUGAGUUGGGUGGAAAAACUAAAACACUGACAGUCUGUAUAAGAAAAUUAAAAUUUAAACAAAUUAUUUUUCUCAUUUGUAUGAAUCUCCUGUGAAAAAUAUUUACUCAAUUAAGUUGUUUACUUUUAUUUUUGCUUACUGUGUCGUGUCAUGAGAAAGUAAACUAUAAAGUGACAGGGUGUCGGCCCUCGGAGUUUACCAUGAGGAGCUUGAGAUGAAUCUCCCAGUUCUUCUUUGGUGUUUUAUCACUUGCUGUUUACACAUUAUUACGAGUAUAAAAUGCUGACACUGCAUUUUUAAGUUGAACUGUGUUUAGUUGCUUUUAAAUGAUGUGAUGUAACGUAUAGUUAAAUGAAUGUGUUACUGAUCUGUUCAUACUGUACACAGAAAUCCAAAGUGAAACAAGUAUUUGUUUUGGGCAUGCCAAAUUAUUUUCACAGCCUUUUUUCUUGAAAUUAAACGUGUCAUUUGAUAAAAAAUAUUUAUAUAUGACGAAUA